GCUCAGCUAACUUUUGAUCUCUGAGCCUUUGAAGCCCUCUCAAGGAUGUGGAUGUGGAAGGGAGCCGUGCUGCUGCUCAUUCCGCCAGUAUCUGCCUGGACAGCAGGUCCCGCGCCCACCGCGGUCCCUGAGGAGGUGAAGGCCACUUUCGGCACUGGUGUCACACCAGCUGCCCCCCAGCUGCGAGGCUCAGGUGACGCGGCGCUGGCUGACGCGAAUGUCGACAACUCCAGGAUGCAGCCGUGGGCACGUGCCUUGUUGGCCACUGUGGCCGGCCUUGCAGUCAUGGCCUCUCCGCGGGCUGCCAUGGCACAGUCCGGUGUGAACAUGUACAUGGGCCAGGGCUGCUUUUGGCAUGUGCAGCACGAGAUUGUGAAGCAAGAGGUACGGGCAUCGGGUCUUGCCCGACAGCCGACAGAAGUCACUGCUCUGGCGGGCUAUGCCGGUGGGAAGGAGGUGGGCAGCAAGGGCGAGGUCUGCUACCACAACAUGGCGAUGGCUGCUGACUACGGACAGCUUGGGCACACCGAGGUGGUGAACGUGAACGUGCCCGAGGACAAGGUGGGCGACUUCGCGAAGGCCUACUUCGACGCGGCAGAGAAGUAUCCGUUUGGGCGGGCUGACCCCCAGGACCGCGGCACGGAGUACAGGUCUGCCAUUGGAAUUCCAGGCGGCAUGGACGGGCCCGCCUUCAAGGCCGUCGAGGCUGCCAACGCCGGGCGCCUCGAGCUGGUGCGGGGCCAGGGCAACGAUGCCGACACCGUGGGCACGAAGAAAGUUUGGGUCUACGACUCGAACGAGUUUCCAUUCCACCAGGGGGAGAUCUACCAUCAGUUCCAUGACGACAUGAUCGAGAGAUAUCCGCAGAAAUACCAUGACCUGAAGAAGCUGCUGGUGAAAGAAGGAGCGAUCCAGAAGGUGGGCUGCCCUGAGAUGGGCUUCUGAGGAAGCCAGGUGCUGCUAUUGGCAAACAACUAUGCCAGAUGGCAGAACACCUCUCUUGCCUGUAAAUGAGCAUGUGUCGGCCGUGUCGCCCUCGCAAAUUUUCUUUUUCGGCAAGACCAGCUUUGCCCACUGCCUUGUAUAG